AUUAAUUUCACCUUUCAGUGCCCAUAGCAUUAGAGAUCUAAUCGACCAAGAAAAAUGAGAACAUCCAAAAUAUAUUUUACGUUCCUUUUGAUAGUAACAAUCUCCAAUAUGAGAUUUUCAAUUGGAAUAAUCGAUGAGGAAGACCCAGGCGUUUUGGAUUAUGUUCUAAAAUUUUAUCCGGACAAGCAACCACCUUGUAGUGAAUGCAGGAAGCAUGUUCUUGCACUCAUACAGCAAGAUGGUGAGCGGACAACAGAUAAGACUCCUUCACGAUUGUGUUGCUCCCAAUUUAUUGAAUGGGGAUUUGAAUGCUACGCGUUAUGGGCAGCUAGCGACAAUCACAUGGAUUACCCGGAAUUUGGAGAUUCUAUGGAAGUAUUAGACAACAUGAAAAACAUAUGGCAACGUUGUGUCAAUCUCAUCAAGGAUGAUUGAGGACUUGCUGAAAUCGUUAUGAUCCAUUACAUUGGAUACGGAGUGCACAUAUGCUAAAACAUGUAUUAUUUUAGAUUGGAAAUCUUUAAAGUAUAUUAAUUAAUACAAUCUUGCCC